GCCUGGGAUUGUUCCGGAAUGGUCAUGCAGAAAAACAUUUGCCUUUCCUACAAGUCAACCUAAAUUACGCCUUUUUACUCCUUGACAAUCUGACCAAUCGGGUUCAGCUGUAAGUUUGAAAAACAGUGAUGUGAGCAAAUCACCGAGCGAGAUUUUGACAGAAGGGGCGGAAAACAGGCGUCUUGCUAGGGUGUCGCCGUGGUGCCUGCAUUUGAAGGCGACGUCACGGCUGUCGUUUGUUUCAGGGUCUAAUCAUCGACAUAACAAAUAAUUGUAACAAUAUCGUUAAUUGACACACUUUUAACAUACGAACAUUUAUAAUUCUUCUCGAUCGCAAGUCCUGAGGCGGUUGUAAUGACGGGGAAUUCAAAUAAUUUUAAUGAGCUCGUUGGUAGUUUGAAGAAAGAGUAAGUCGGGGAGGGGAGCCAUUUUGUCCCGACAGUGCGAGAGAAAGAAAGAGUGGAAAAGGGGAAUCACACGGGAUACAUUUUUUUGGGGUGGUUUUUAAUUCAAAUGCUGUAAGAGAACCCGGUUUGCUACUCUUCGGUUACUGUUGCGACACGCUACCCCUGGUGGUAUAUAGCUAACUAGCCAACUAGAUAUCAACAUAACUCAAAUAUUACACACCGUUCCUCUGCUUGUAACUCAGGCUGGCUUUAGACCUGCGGUAGAUAGUUUCUGCUCUGUCCUGCGAACACAACUUGUCUAUCGAUGGCGAAGAAGACCUACGACCUGCUCUUCAAGCUCCUGCUGAUCGGUGACUCGGGCGUGGGGAAGACCUGCGUGCUGUUCCGAUUCUCAGACGAUGCCUUCAACACCACCUUCAUCUCCACCAUAGGAAUAGACUUCAAGAUCAAAACUGUUGAACUCCAGGGAAAGAAGAUCAAACUACAGAUAUGGGACACAGCUGGUCAGGAGCGGUUCCACACCAUCACCACGUCCUACUAUCGAGGCGCCAUGGGCAUCAUGCUGGUCUAUGACAUCACCAACGCCAAGAGCUUCGAGAACAUCAGCAAGUGGCUCCGCAACAUCGACGAGCAUGCCAACGAGGACGUGGAGAGAAUGCUGCUAGGCAACAAGUGUGACAUGGAGGACAAGAGGGUGGUACCAAAAGCCAAGGGAGAGCAGAUUGCCAGAGAACAUGGUAUUAGGUUUUUUGAGACGAGUGCCAAGGCCAACAUCAGCAUCGAGAAGGCUUUCCUCACGCUAGCAGAAGACAUCCUCAGGAAGACGCCCGUCAAAGAGCCCAACAGUGAAAACGUGGACAUCAGCGGUGGGAGUGGAGUCACAGGAUGGAAGAGCAAGUGCUGCAGUUAGAACAGCCAUCUGUCCCUCCCUCACACACACUAACGCACGGAAGCACACACACUCUCUCUAACUGCUAACUCAGUCUCUCUAACACUCGUCCCCUCUAUCUGUUCUCCAUCUGUUCUCACUGACAAUUAACCACUUCAGUCUUCUGUCCCCCCCCCUCAUGGUCUGUCCCCCCCCCCCCCCCCUCCCUCGUGGUCUGUACACCCCUCAUGGUCCCCCCCCAUGGUCUGUUCCCCCCCUCGUGGUCUGUACCCCCCUCAUGGUCUGCCCCCCCCUCUCAUGGUCUGAUGUCAUCUUUCUGAAAAUCAGUUUUGGUAAUAAGAGAUCAUGUUUCCUGUUUUAUUUUAAAGGUUGCAAAACGCGAGUCAAAAAGUCAGUCACCUUUUUAAUCUUUUCUUUGCCUGAGUCCCCCGGGUCCCCUCACCGUCGGUCAGGAAAAUAAAUAAAAUAAAAAACUAAAAAGACAAAUGUAGGACUAACAUUUUGUACACUAGUGGGUUUCUGAGACGUGUUUGGUCAUUUUGAGUUUUGUAACUGAGGGUUUAUUUUGUCCUGUGCCUUAUAUGGAAGACGGGGGCGGAGCCACAUCCACCCAAUAAAAUUUGUUUAAUCUUCUUGCUCCUCCCAUAGUGAGGCCCAGCAGAAAGGUUUGAAUUUCUGCUCCAACCAGAGAACAGCUUGUUAGGAUGUCUGCUCCAACCAGAGAACAGCUUGUUAGGAUGUCUGCUCCAACCAGAGAACAGCUUGUUAGGAUGUCUGCUUAACGAUGGGGGAUUGUUUAACAAUUUGAUUUAUUUUCCUUUAUUGGGUGUUUAAUUUUUCAUGCAUGCAGAUGUGUUUGGGUUGGAAGCGUUUGUAAUACGUUGGUUCUGUAAUGUUGGAACACUCUCUCGGCUGUAUGGAAGGAGAUUGAAAGUUCAAGAAAAUUCAAACAGUUUUGCAGAUCCAUUAAAAAUAAGCUUGUUUAAGUUA